CCUCCUCGUAUCAUCUUCGCAGAGAACAAGAAGAAAGGGAACGACAUCGCCCUGAUCCGCCUGCCGACGAGCCUGACGUUCGGCCCGACCGUCCAGCCGAUCUGCUACCCCACGUCGGGCGAGAUCGGGGCUGCCAUGGCCGGAUGCGACCAGAUGGCUUACGGGUGGGGGGCCCUGUCCUUCAAGGACUACAAGAAUCGCAAUCCUGCCACGUUCUUGCAGAAAAUGAGCAUGCGGACGUCUGACCGAGCCUUCAAGGAUUGCUUCGCAAACGAUGGCAGCGAAUUCUGCGGCUUUGCAACCACUCCGUCCACUUAUGGCUGCGUUGGAGACAGCGGUGGACCCCUGGUGGUGCGAUACAACGGCCAAGCGUUCGUGGCGGGGAUGGCUCACUGGGCCGCGAUCUCCACUAAGAUAUGCAAGAGCGCGCUUCGCUACACGAAAGCCUCCUUUCAUGCGGACUGGAUCCAGUCCACGAUCAGCAACUGGGGUUGAACGCAAUGAAAUUUGUAAUUUCGGAGAUUCCAAGAAGAAUCUUUUCCAUUAAAAAAAUUGGUUGGGGGGGGAAACAAUAUUGCAAAAUCAUCCGUUUUUAUCCGCAUCAACUUGAUAAUUCCGCUCUCCGUAGAAGCGGAAACUCCUCUUCUCCCAACGGACCAGAGUGGAAUUUUCAUUUAUUUAAAUAUAUGUAUAAUUCUAAUAUAGGCCCCUCUAAUUUGUGUGAGUGAACUGGCUGAGUGAAGGACUGACUAUGAUUCUAGCAAGCAUGUUUUAGGAAGAUUAAACGUGGUAAAACAGUUGUUAGUGUAGUGAUUUAUAAGGAUAUAUCCUUUUUUUUUGGGGGGGGG